AUGGCGCCGCCAGCUACCAACCCAGAGUCCUUCCCUCCGCCCUUGGGCUCAUGGGCAACACAGCAUGGUCUUCGCAGAUCUGCUCGAGUCCACCACCAGAAAUUUGGGAACAAGGAAAUGCCUAUGCCUCUUCAAAGCACUAACGACUUUUCCAACCACGUUGCCUCUGGAGCAGAGAGUAACUCCGGCCAUUCUCAAGCUACGCAUGGGGAUGUUGCCGACCAUCGAGCCCAGCUUACGCAAGAAGGGGAGAGCAGCUCCAGCCGCCCCGCAAGUAGAAGCACGAAACGGGGAUCAGCUAGCCCCAGCGUCGACGACAAGGACAACAAGAGCGGUCGGAGCACUCCUGACACCGACACCGACGCCGACGCUGACAAGAAAGUCAAGUAUCGCUGUGCCAACUGUGGUAACUGUGGCACCAUCAACAACACAAUCAACGGAGGCGAUGUGAAGCAGUACUUUGGUUCGUGCCAUCACUAG